AUGCCUCAUCAGAUCUCUCCCAGUCCUUACGCCGACGACCGCGAAUGCUCGGUCGCCGAGCUUCAGACCAUCUCGUUUGCAAAGCUCGCCAGCUGCGACCCUGAAGAGCAGCACAGACUCAUGAUUGCUGCCGAGCAGGAUGGUUUCUUCUAUCUCAACAUCUCGGAUUUGGAAAGCAAAGGCCUCUGGAGUGAUUACCAAGGUGUCUUGGAUGUCAUGGCGUCUUGGUUCGAGACUCCGAUGGAAGAGAAGGUCAAGUUUGCAUAUGGGUCUGACGUUCAAGGCUACAAGCCUUUGGGACUCCAGACCGGCGCUACUGAGAAGUCCAAAGAUGGAUUUGAGACUUUGAGGGUUGCUCAGCAGGGCCUCGAUUGGACAGUCAAGCCUCUUCCAGGACAAGUCCUGGCAUCCAAGGAGCUCUUCAAUGACUUCAUCAACAAGUCUCGCAUGCACGUCCUCAGCAUCUUGUCUUCUCUCUCCGAUGCGACUGGUCUCGAAGGCGAGGAAAGAUAUGAACGCUCCCACCGCGACGAUGGUCCCUCGAACUCGUCCAUGACUUUCCACCGCUACCCAUCUCGCAAAGUCCGCGACAGUGACAACGUCGGACACAACAAGCAUACAGACAUCUCUUCCAUCGCCUUCCUUUUCGCCCAACAAUGGGGUCUACAGGUACCUGCUCGUGGUGCACAACCGGAAGAUGAUGCCUGGGAUUGGGUCCAACCCAAGGCUGGUCACGCUAUCUGCAACGUUGGCGACUCGCUCCGCUUCCUGUCCGGCAUGCGCUUCCGCUCCGUUCUGCACCGUGUUAUGCCUGUCGCCGAGAUGGAACAUUCGCACAGAUACUCAAUCGCCUAUUUCUGCCGCCCUGUUCAUGGAACCAUGUUCCGCGACUCCGAGGGCAGAAUGAUCUCUUGCGACACUUGGUUCUCUCACAAGUUUGACAUCUACCGUGCUACCCACGAAGAGCAGCGCAAGAACACCAUUCUCACUGGUGGAAUUGAGAGCGCUGAGAGCCGUUCCAGGAUUCACAGCUCGGUCGUGGUCUGA